UUUGAUACCACUUAUAGGAAAACGGGAACUGUCUAUAGCUUUUCUUGUCUGUGCUACAGACUAUAUAAGCCGAGAUGUUACCGUUCCUUGUGUCAGCCACUCUAGCCUUUGUGACACAGCAUCGCCAACCCACCUGGGCAUCAAACAUCUAGGCAUUUUAGAGCCAAAUUGUAUCACUUUACCUGGUAAUUAAACCCACAUCAUGGCACAGCCGCAACCAAGAAUCGCUAUUAUCGGUGGAGGUCCUGCUGGGCUCACCCUUGGUGCCUUGCUGCACCAGCACAACAUCCCCUUUACUAUCUACGAACUUCGCCCUCGUCCAACGGACAAAGAGCUCGCCGAACCGUCAGGAAUGCUCGACCUCCACGAGGAAUCUGGUCUAGCCGCAGUGCGCGCAUGUGGACUUUACGAGAAAUUCCUCCCCCUGACUGGGGAUUGCGAGGAGUCAAUGAUAGUCUCGGACAAGCACGGCAACAUCUUACAUUCGGACCAGGCUGGGCUUGCCAACCGGCCUGAGAUCUCCAGGCACAACAUCAUCCGGCUUUUCAUGUCCAAGAUCCCAGAGGCCUAUAUCAGGUACGACUCGAAAUUGCUUUCCGCAGAACGCAACCCCACGACUGGCGUGGUGACCCUGGAACUCUGCUCCGCGACAAACCCUUCCGCCGUAUCGUUCGAGAAGUACGACCUAGUCAUCGGCGCCGACGGGGCGUGGUCCAAGAUCCGGCCCCUCGUCAGUGAAGUCAAGCCGCAGUCGAGUGGGCUGCAGUACCUCACGAUGUACAUCAGGGACAUCGAAACGCGCUAUCCCCACCUGGCAGGCCUGGUAGGUAAGGGGUCAUUCAUAGCGCUGGGGAACAAACACGGCCUGAACAGCCACCGCGCCGCGCAGGGCUCAGCCCUGAUCUACCUGAUGACCAACGCGCCCGGCGGCGACGAGGGCGCAAUGAUCAAGUCCCUCUCGAGGAUGUCCGUGCCAGAGCUCAAGGCCCACUUCCUCGGCGACGCCAACAGCUACGGCGACUGGGGCCCCGCCCUGAAGGAGAUCAUCACGGUGGCCCUCGACGAGCAGGCCCCGCACGGGGUGCAGAUAAAGCCUCUCGUGAUGCUGCCCAUCGGGCACAGGUGGGGCCCGAAGCCCGGGGUCACUCUGGUCGGGGACGCCGCGCACGUGAUGACGCCCUUCGCGGGCGAGGGCGUCAACUCGGCCAUGUGGGACGCGCUGCACCUUGCCGCUGCUGUAUCUGAGGCGUGGGCUGCGCGCGGAGAGGAUGAGAGAGAUUUCGGUGACGCGCUGGCACCGCUCCUGAGGAAGUACGAGGAGGUCAUGUUUGUGCGGGCGCAGGAGAAGGCUGAGGAGACUUGGAGGAAUUGCGAGAUGAUGUUUGCCGAGGAUGGGGCGCAGGCGCUCGCGGCCAUGAUGCAGAGUUUCUUCGAGGCGGGCCCCCCUCAGUAGGCGGGCUGCCGCUUCUUCACAUAUACCGAGCUGGUCUGUCAGCUACGUUCAAAUGUUAAUAGGAUUCAUG